GAUAGAUACCUAGCUACAUACUGUCUCUUUUUUGUAUAAUUUCGCUUUCUACGCUUCCGUUUCUUUGUGUCGGGGUCGGUGAGGCCGUGUUGUUAGUUUCUGUUUUGGCUGAACUUCAUGUUUAUCUCUCUCUCUCUCUUUGUUCUGAUUGUAAAAUUUGAAACUUGCUGAAUUCUAAGUUGUAAUUCUUGGAUUUUGGCGUUCUCACUGUUUGUUUUCGAACUUUGGAUCUGGCUUGUCAACUACUAAUUAUAGUUUUGUCGCUGUGCUUGGUGUCGUGAUUCAUCCAAUUAGAACAUGGAAUUCUAUGUGGUUUUAAAAGUGCAGAUUUCAUGAAAUGGAGGUCAUGAAAUGGAAUUCUAUGUUGCUUCUUUGAUUGCUAAGCCUUAGUAUCGAAGCCUCGUUACAGUUCCUUUCCGGUGACUCGUCUCGUCGGUCCUGUACGGUUCUCAUCGUGCCACUUAUGAAUCUGGUCCAUCGGAUGGUAGGUUUCGUUUUACGUGGCAAUGACGACCCUUCCCCCGUGCAGGGAGUCUGUGAGUGCUGGACCGCUGGACAGGUCACUUGAGUGGUUCAAGUUCUCCCCUUGUUUGUAGUUAUGAUACAUACCAAAUCGAAUAGUUGAAACGCCGUCGCUUCAAUCCUUCUGCGUGACCGUUUGAUUCCGAUCCAUUUUUGCUUGUCGUCGGGUUGAAUGAAGCAACUAGUGCCCUGUUUAUCUUUUAGCUCAGCUCUUCCAAUAGUGUUUCUUUUCCCUUUCCAAUUUUUAUGGGUCUUUAGAGGUGCUCUGAGAAAUUGGAACCAACCUUAGUGCUCAACUCGACUUUCUGGUUUGAGGUCCUGAUAUUUUUGCAAUUUUCACAACAUUUUAGUGUGUGUGACCCUUUCACGCUGUCUGUAAUUCAAGCUAAUAUCCCAUUGGGUCGACCUUUAAUUCAAUGCUGAGAUGGUAUUCUCCAUUGGUUGAUAAUCAAGAAUCACCUUUGUGCUUCUAUUCUGUUCUGGGGUUUGGUCUAGAGGAGUACACUAGAUGCUUUCUUACACCUUUAUCCUCGUGAAUACAUAAACUUUCUAGUUAGCAUCCAACUUUGCAUGAGUUGUUCUGCUGUAGCAUGCUGAAUGGUUUAAAUACUUGUCUCCUGUCCUUUUGUCUCUUUUUAUUCUUUUCUGCUUCCUGCAUCUCUCGGGUGCCUUUGUUGUUACCCGUUUGAUUGUUUGCUGACAAGAUGAGUGAUCACUUUAAAUCUUUAUUUUUCUUUCCAGCGGGCUCAUGUUUGCGUUUAGUUGAGAAAAUUAUAUGGGCAAUACCCAGCACAAUGGUAUUUCAUUUUGUUCAUUGUCUGGCAUGUUCUUCUGACGACCCAAACUGGUGCCUUGUUGCAGCCUUACUGAAGAAUAAGGCAGAGUGCCAUGAGCAGUUUCUGGCACUUUAGAUGAGGAGGAACUCAUUCCAACAAAAAUCAGUUCAAUUGUGCAUCUAGAACUGGCUAUUUUCUCAAGGAGCUUCCCUCGGGUUGUUGACUUUUAAUCUUUUCUUCCUUUUCUUAGGUUCUUCAUUUGAUUGCAAUCUAAGAAGGUAAAACCAAGUAUGAAAGAGACUGGCAAGAAGAAAAUUUCAAAUAACAACCAGACAAAGCGCUCUGGAAGGAGAGACAAUAAACUUCAUCAAGAAAAUGUUUGAGGAGGCACCUCGAGAUUUGAGAACCAAUGCAAUGGUCUCUAAAGAAAGUAAGGAUGAAGUUGUAGAUAAUCCUUCUAUUGAUUUGGAGAAAGAUCCUAACAAGGGGAAGGAAGAAGUGUCAUAUGCAGAGUCAGUAAAAGAUUCAAUAUCGUCUCAAGGGGAUUUGCUGACUGCUGAUUGUGAGAAUGUAGAUAGAGCUUCUGGCCUUAAAAGGAGUCCCACAGAAAGUGGACCUGGCAGAUCAAAAGAGAGAUCUGAGCCCCAAUCAAACCAACCCCAAUCGAAAGUAAUACAUAACACUUCUAAGAAAUCCAUCACUGCAAUUAGGGGGCCUGCUAAAGUUGUUAUCCAAAGUUCUUCCGAGACGGAUUCGGAGAAAAUGAAAUUUGCUUCUGAAACUUCAUCAGAAUCUUCUGCAGGAGUUGAUGAUAAGCCUGUUGAAGAGGUAAAAGAAGCUGAUGUCUUGGAUGGGGCCUCAAAUAGUGCUCAGAGUAUUGGAACCGAUGACGACAUAAUUAAUGCUGAAGAAAGUGAUGAACAUGAGGAUGAGACAGCUUUGGAGCAAAAGAUUGAAGAAAUGGAAAUGAGAAUUGAAAGACUUGAAGAGGAGCUGAGAGAGGUUGCUGCUCUUGAAAUUUCUCUCUAUUCUGUGGUUCCUGAGCAUGGGAGCUCAGCACAUAAGGUGCACACACCCGCUAGGCGCCUUUCUAGACUCUACAUUCAUGCUUGCAAACAUUGGACUCUAGACAAGCGAGCCACAGUAGCUAAAAAUACCAUGUCGGGGCUUGUUUUAAUUGCCAAGUCCUGCGGUAAUGAUGUCCCAAGGUUAACCUUCUGGUUGACAAACACUGUUGUGCUGAGAGAGAUCAUCUCACAAGCAUUUGGGCGUUCCCGUCAGUUCAGUCCAGUGGCAAGACUUUCUGAGUCAAAUGGGAGUAGCAAGAGCAGUGAAGGGAAGUCUACAACAUUGAAAUGGAAGGGUGGCUUUGGUAGUAAACAGGCUAACGGUUUUAUGCAGCUUGUUGAGGAUUGGCAGGAGACAGGAACCUUCACGGCAGCAUUAGAAAAAGUUGAAUCCUGGAUUUUCUCUCGGAUAGUUGAGUCAGUUUGGUGGCAGGCUUUAACUCCGAACAUGCUUUCCUCAUCUGAGAAUAUGUCAUCCAAUAAAAACAUUGGAAGGUUGUUGGGACCAGUGGGUGACCAGCAGCAAGGCAGCUUUUCUGUCAACCUCUGGAAAAAUGCUUUUCAGGAUGCUUUGCAACGGCUAUGCCCUGUUCGAGCAGGGGGACAUGAAUGUGGUUGCUUGCCAGUAUUGGCAAGAAUGGUUAUGGAACGAUGUGUUGACAGACUAGAUUUUGCAAUGUUCAAUGCAAUUCUGCGUGAGUCUGCCCAUGAGAUUCCAACUGAUCCUAUAUCAGAUCCCAUUGUUGAUUCCAAGGUUCUGCCUAUUCCAGCUGGAGAUUUGAGUUUUGGAUCUGGUGCCCAACUCAAAAAUUCUAUUGGCAACUGGUCUAGAUGGCUUACUGAUAUGUUUGGCAUGGAUAGUGAUGAUUCUCUGAAGGAAAAUCAGCAUGGCAGUGAGGAUGAUGACAUGCAGGGUGGAGCUGGUGAACCUAAAUCUUUUCUUCUUCUUAAUGAGUUGAGUGAUCUCCUGAUGCUUCCAAAGGACAUGCUUAUGGACCGACCCGUUAGAGAGGAGGUGUGCCCAUCAAUCAGUCUUCCAUUGAUCAAACGGAUACUCUGCAACUUUACCCCAGAUGAAUUCUGUCCUGAUCCUGUCCCAGGAGCUGUAUUGGAGGCGCUUAAUGCUGAGAGCACUGUGCAGCGGAGAUUGUCAGGAGAUUCUGCUAGAAGCUUCCCUUAUACAGCUGCCCCUUUUAUUUACAACCCUCCUUCCUCGGCUGAGGUGGCAGAGAAAGUUGCAGAGGCUGGAGAGAAAUCUCCAUUGGCAACGAGUGCGUCUGCAGUACAGAGGAAGGGGUAUACGAGUGAUGAAGAACUAGAGGAGCUGGAUUCUCCUCUUGCAUCCAUCAUUGAAAAACUGCCUUCUUCACCAACGAUCACGGCAAAUGGGAAUGUUAAACAGGAACAUACUGAUUAUGCUAGCAUAAAUGCAAGGUAUGAACUCCUUCGCGAGGUUUGGUCCGUGUGAAUGUCAAAAGAGGGACUUGUAUAUUUAAAUUUGUUGCCUUUUUUCCCUCAUUUUUUUCAGUUUCACGUCUCUUUUUCGUUGUCUUGUAUGUGGCCAAAGCCCAAGCCAUCAGGCAUCAGCUACUUUGUAUAUUAGACUGUUCAAUUACCAUAUACAGUUUCAUGAUUGAUUCCA